UCUCACAGUUGUAUCGGGACUUAUUCUACAAACACCCUUAAAGUUUGCAAUUUUAUUACUGAGAACCGCUUUCAUUUACUAGUACGCAUUGCACGUGCUACGCAUUGAAUGCAUUUCUUCGAAUGUCGUUCAGUGCGACGGCAGUGUAAAGUGUCAGUUGCAGUGAAUUUUAUUGUGACAUAUCAGCAUAGACCCAAAAAGCGCGCUACAGCAUAAGGAAACUAUCGCAAAGUUCCAACAGAAUAAAACCACACGAAAAGGCGGUUUUUGUUUUGUAUGUACCGCCUUAUCAACAAUCAACGUGUUCGGCGGAUACGACACUUGGUUGAAAGCCCCGUUCAACGACGACGGGGAAUCGCGCAGUGUAGUCUCGUGAUGACCUCGGUUAACACAGCAUAGAAUAUCAUUGUCUGGAAAGCUGGGAACUUUUUCUUUGCUGAAGCAGACAGUGCAUCUUGACGUGCAAUCAUACGGAACUAAUGGGUGAUCUUUAAGGUGACAUUCGAUUGGCAAAGCCGAGCGGAAAUAGAGCGUGUGGUGACAGUGCUAUAGAGAGUUUUUUUUGUUCCCGUUCUGGUUGUCUUAAUGUCGUCUGUUCAUCAAUCUUUCCGAUAAAGUCAGCCGAUAAAGUAUCACUAAUCGAAGCGAUUUAAUUAGAGGCGAGUGAAUAUGCUAUUAGAGAUGAAAAACAAUUAUCUCCAAUGACCACAUGAGAAAUUACCAGGCCUACGUACGGUGGUUGUAGAAGAUCUAGAGUGAUUAAUUGGUAUGUUAGUGAUUUUGUUUGUUAAAUAAUACUUGACAGAUUUAUGCAAUCCCAAGGAACAAGUAGGUCAUAUUGCUAACUGGAGUGAUUUUUAGACUUUUUAAGGGAACUUUUUAACAAAAAUUCCGUAGACCCUAUAGUUUUUAAAUAAAAUUAGUCGUAAAAAUGUUAGAAUAAAACAUUAUCCCUUCCAAAAAGAGAUUAUAUUUGUGAGAACUCAGGUUUGAAAAGUUGCCUUUGUUACCGAUGUGAGUCACCAAAUGCCAAAGUUUCGAUAAAAUCUGAAAGGGUGCUGUAAACUUUAGAGACAAGUUCACGUGAAUUUACGAGAUUAUUAAAUGCACCUUAGUAUGCGUUGACUUCGUUUUUUGGAAAAAAAAAUUUCGAAGGCAAGUAAAAAUAUAUCUGACUGUAGGAUAAAAACAGUGAGUUGUUCGCAGCUGCAAGUAUGGCAAAGGAAAAUAACACCUCAGUGGAGAUGACUUCGGUCGGUUCGACUAGUUUUGAAAAGCCCAAAAUGAUAGAUCGAGCCGAAUCCACGAGUCUGGUGAUGCGUAGUGACAGCGCAACAGAAAUCGAUGGCGCCCGGAGAAGUCGCGGUCAGCAAACGCAGGCCUACAAUAUCCACAAAGGAAUUGCCGAGAGCGCGAUGGAUAUUUCGCUUCUCACGGCCAAUGCCAACCAGCUGCGGCUUCUGAUAACCUACAACAACCGAUCGAAGACGUAUAUCGCGUGCAUUACGCUGAUUAUAACGUCGCUGGUGUUGCAAAUAUUGGUGGCAAGUGGAGUUAUUAUUAUAAAGAGUCAGCCAAAAUCUAAAAUCAGUUCGAAGAUUGAAAAAUUAAAGAUCGCAACAUCGAUAGGAGUGACGAUCAUUACAGUUAUAAAUAUCUUAGUUGCUUCGUUGGUAGUUACAGACGGUACUGCUGGAAGCGGGCAGCCGUCACAGUCGGACGGAUAGUUUUAUAACGUAAGACAAACAAUCGUGCAGGUGUAAAACCUGAUAAGGCUAAAAAAAUAAUCUAUCCAAGAUCUUCCGUAACAUCUGCAAGCGCGAUACAAUCAGACGUGCGUUUUUCACUUUUGAUACCUUCAGUCAGCAGUAAACAAUCAACCCACCUAGCACGCAAAUGCAGAAUUCUCUUCGCAUCUGUAGUAUAACCGACGAAAUGGAACCAACGAAAAGUUCACAACAAAUUUCACCACUAACAGCUACGCCGAUUGGUGGUGAUAUGUUUUACGAAACUGAAUCAGUGUACAAUUCUGUGGCGGAAUACAACAACUACGAUCUGUACCGAAGUGUGCUGGAAAUUUCGCUCAAUGUUUCCUUCCUGGCAGCGACCAGCAACCAACUGAGGCUGCUGGUUAGCUUUCGGGAGGCCCAAAAUUUCAUUGCCAGUACGGUGCUGGUUAUAUUUUCCCUAGCGAUGCAGAUUUUAAUUGCCGUCAAUGUGGUCACGAUCGCGGUUCAUGAUCAACACCGUUGGACCAAGCUGAAAACAUUCACUUCCGUUGGGUGCAUGUUGCUGACCAUUAUCAACGUAGUUAUUCCAUUCAUCAUUAACGUGGAACAUUCUAAAGUGGAUUAUGCUGAAAUUUACCCACAUCACAUGCAUUGAAAAGUAAAAUUGUUUGCGAAACGACAUGUAGGAAGGGUUUAAACCAUCACUCAACAUUUGAAUUAUGUACUACACAUAUUGAAGUUCAUAUAAUUUAAAAGUAUAGUUAUACUCAUGAUUUAUACUAAAUAAAAUGAAUCAAUAAUUAAUUGGUUCUUUUUCACCUGAUAUAAAGUGUAUUAGAAUAAAUAUUUUGUCUCUCAGUUCAUAGCAAAGCUAUAUGCAACAAUAUUUAUAAUAAUCUGUUAAGUAGUACUUGUAAUAAGUU